CUGUGGACAGCAUCGGUCGGUUGUAGCUGUGGCGACGAGGCAGCAGCCCACCGUCCGUGGCUUGGUCGUCCACUGCCUCUUGUGGAGGACGCCAUUUCGAGCUCUGCUGGUCACCGCCGAUUCCACCCGGCCAGAGUGUCCGGACACGAUGACGGUUCGACUGACAAAGAGUCUCUUGGUCAACUGUUGCUGACAGCUUGCUUUUGUAUCAAGUGA